CGGAUAUCGCGCAUUGCGAACGCACUAACAAUAUCUACUAGUUAAUCCUAUUAAAACUAUUCUUUUUUACAUCGAACGAGCGAAUAAAACGAUAUCAUAAUGGGCUGCGGUGAAUUUUUGGUUAAAUACAUCUUGUUCUUCGCUAAUCUCUUCUUUGCGUUGGCCGGGCUGACUUUGCUGGCGUUGGGCGUGGUGGUCCAACUCAAGAUCGCAGACCUGUCCGAGAUGGGCCAGGGGCAGAUCCAGAUUGCGCCCAUCUCCGCUAUGGUGGUGGGCGGCAUCGUCUUCCUGAUCGCGUUCUUCGGAUGCUGCGGUGCCAUCAGGGAGAGUAACUGCAUGCUGGUUACGUACUCCAUCUUCAUGCUGAUUCUGAUGGUGGCCAUGAUAGCGCUGGCCACGGCAAUCUUCGUAAGCCUGGAAAAGGUGUUGUCGCAAGUGCCCGAGUGGCUCACGCAAUCCUUCAAAACGGACGAGAAUGGCUUCCACGCUAUUGAGACUACGUUCCAUUGCUGCGGUCCUACCGGGCCGUCUUCGUACUUGUCCCCGGUGCUGCCCAACUCGUGCUGCGCGCAGGCGCCGUGCGUGCCGGUGGUAAACGCGUUCCCAGGCUGCGAUACUGUCGUCAAGGAGUUCCUUAACACCUUCGGCCUCGUGAUAGGGCUCGUCGCGAUCGCUGUUGCCGCUAUUCAGUUGGUAGCGGCAGUAUUUGGCCUGUGCUUGGCCAACCAUGCUCGCCAUAAGUACAGGAGAUCGUACUACUGAACGCGAGUCUCUUUCUACGUGCUGCAUGGCGCGACACCUACCACGGAUGCUCCAGAACAUCACGUCAUCACCCAGUAAAAAGAAAAUAGUAUUUAAAUGAAAUUAGAGUCAACGAAAUCAAAAUUAGCCCUUACUGUGUUUCUAAGUUAUGUAUUAGGUUAUUAUCAUUGGUUACUAUAGUUGGGUAACCUUUAUGUGUAAUUUGCAAAUGUGUGAAGUUCAAUAGCCCAAGAGACACACACAACACCGCGGUUAUAUUUGAUGGUAAUGCAAAAUUUUUUCGCCGUCUAGUUUUUUUACAAUUAAUCAAUAACAAUCAAACAAAA